UGUGAUAAGACGUAAUGGUCGGGAUAGCCAAUCAGGUUGUAGGGGCGUGACAAAUCUAGGAAGCAUAGGGCGGAGCUUCGCGACAGUGUUUGGCUGGCACGAGAGUUUAUCUGUUGGAUUUUAUUCAGCUUUCAUGACUCCACAAUGGGAGCUGGUAUCUCUGCCUCGAUGGGAGAUGAUGGCAUACUGGAUUCUCUCCUUCUCCUCCCAUCUCUAUUCUUUUUGCCAGUUGCACAGGUUUUCCAAAGAGCAUGAGGUCAGCCUGGACAGAGAGGUGCAGCUGGAGAGAGGAUUCCUUAUAUGGGGAUUCAAGAAGGACCCUACAGAUUUUGAGUGGAGUUUUUGGAAUGAGUGGGCAUGGCAAUCUCUUUUGUGGUCUUUGAUUGGCCAUGCUGUGCUCUCCAGAUUGGCAGAUAAUUUUUUGCCUCAGUUCCGACUGGCUGUCAUAACAGUGUAUGGCUUCCUCUCAGCUGGUUGGCUUCUCGGAGUGCGAGGCUUGACUGUCUUGAUGUUGCAUCUGAGCAUCUCAUUGGUGGUGGCUCAGCUACGUAGCCCCAUCCUCUCAUGGUUUUGCUCCCUCCUGCUACUCUCCACACUCAAUGUCACUGCCCUCCAGGAUUUACAGCGUGGUUUGUACACUUCUGAAGACCAGUACUACCUCUUGCUCUUUAGUACUGCUGUUUGUAGCUUGCGCUGCAUUAGCUUUAGUCUGGAGCUGUGCUGGCACCCACUGCAGACCGGAGGACCAAACCAUCGCUCCCAUCUAGAGGAAAAAAGACUGAAGACUCUGAUUUUUCAGUUCUACAAGCUCACUGCCUACUGUUUCUAUCACCCCCUGUUUUACAAUGGACCCAUUGUGACCUACAGAGACUUCAGUGAACAGAUAGAGAGGCCAGUGUGUAAAGUCUCUGUGGUGUACGUGUUGGGUGGAAUACUGCGUGUGUGUGUCUGGUGGUGUUUAGCCGAAUUCAUGAUCCACUUCAUGUACAUGCACGCCAUCCAGAGCAACGAAACCUACCUGGAGAUGCUGCCGCCCUGGGCACUGGGUGGUUUGGCUCUUGCGUUGGUCCAGUUUUUUUACAUAAAGUAUCUGGUCUUGUUUGGAGCGGUGUCUCUGUUUGUCAGACUGGAUGGACUGGAGCCGCCAAAGUUACCACGCUGUGUCAGCAUCAUGUACAGCUUCACUGGAAUGUGGAGACACUUUGACGUGGGGCUUUACAAAUGGCUCAUCAGGUACAUAUAUGUGCCACUGGGCGGCUCUCAUCACGGUGUGUUCCGGAAACUCGUCUCCACUGCGCUGGCGUUUGGGUUUGUGUGUUUCUGGCAUGGUUGCCAUGACUACCUGCAGUACUGGGCCGUGCUGAACUGGGUUGGGGUGUUGGUGGAGAACGGUCUCGCACUCCUCUUUUCCUCUCGUCCUCUUCAUCGCGUUAUUGUUCGUUGCCUGUCACCUCGGAUGCAGAGGCGUGGCCUAGCGCUUAUCUCCGCCCUCUCCACUGCUUUUCUGAUUCUGUCCAAUCUGUUUUUUCUGGGUGGGAUCCAUGUGGGCAGAAUCUUCUGGAAGAGGGUGUUUGUCGAAGGCUGGUCAUCUGUGGCCGUUCCAAUGGUUGCUUUUCUCUAUUGCUUUGCUCAAGUUGGUCUUGAGUGGGACAUGAGAUGACAACACCCUUCAGAGCAGAAUCAUGGGAAGGCAAAGUUUUUUUUUUUUUUUUUACAAUAGUUCGGACCAAUCACAAUGUGUACAGCCAGCAUUCCUAUCAACUCUUUCAGUAUCACGUGUUUGUAUAGUAGUAAUGCUGUAUUUGACCAGCGUGUGUGUGGAAAUGAAAUGGUGUGAGUGCUCCAGGUGUGUGUUUGAUGGUUAAUCCUGUCGCUGCUUUAUUUAUGAGUUUGUCUGAACACUGAUGGUGACACGUCUCUGAUCAGAAGCCAGGAUACAGCCUGACCAUUGCUCUCUCUCUCUCUCUCCCUCGUCCCUCCAUCUGUGUAGAUUUCCUUCCUCUUGUUCAUUUUGUCCCUCUGAUCUUUCUUGUCCUGAUCUCUCCAUCUCAUGUUAUUAUCCAUCAUUCUCUCAUUCUCCUUGUGUAUACAUACUUCGGUCUUCUUACUAACAGCUCAAGCUGCUGUAUGUGGUUAAUUAGAUCAGUGAUCUGCUAGCCUGGAGUUUCUCCUUUAUUAGAGAGAGCUACGACAUGUUUGUGUUUCAGUGUUAGGGGGAUUACACUUUAAAGAGCUUUAUCUCUACAGCGUACCUUUAUCAGCAUCAGAUUAAUCAUUCAUAAUCCCUUCACAAAAAUCUCUCUCUCUUCAUUUCAAUUUUAGUGUUCUUUAUUGGCAAGAUAAAACUGUAUAUUUGCAUUACCAUAUAAAAAAUAAAAACAGCCAUACUGUCAUUGUAGCAUAAAAGCAAUGAGAAUUUUUAAGAAAAGUAAAAUACAAUGGAAAAAAAGUAGGUCUAAAUUAAAUAUAAAAAUAUGUAUUAUUAAAAGAAUUAAAGGUACACACUUUUUAAUAUCAGUUUGCUAUGAUUGCGGUCUCUUUCUCCAUCUCUUCUCUGUGAUAUGAUGAUAUUUUAGUAAAUGGUUAUGGAAGAGGUCAUGCUUGACCUGCCCUUUCUGUGAGUCAUACUGAAAUUACUGACAUCACAUUUUACACAGGUCCGUGUGUGUGUGUGUGUGUGUGUGUGUGUGUGUUUGUGUGUGUUACUCAACACAGGUCACUCUGCUAUUAAUGAAUGUUAAUUAGUAUGUAGCAUUACACAGUCUUCAAAGUGUACAUAAUUGCACAGUUCAAAAUGUUCUCUCUCCUUAAAGUAAGCAUGAAUGGUCAUUUACACCUUGCAAUGUGGUGCAUUAGUGUAUUUAGUGAAUUUGAAUAUUUAAUGAGAUAAAAUAUUGGGCUGCAUUUUAUUUAGUUUAUUGGGAGUUGGAUUGGAUGAUGUAAAGUGGGUGUUACUUACCAUAAUGGAGCUAGAAAUGAAAGCAAUUUUGCUUAAAAGCAAUGUUUAAAUAUCUGUUGGUGAUUAUUAAAUAGUUAUGGACAAUUU